UCUAGAGAAAAAGAGGGAAAUGUUGAGGGCUUGGAGCACCUUCCCUCUGACAAAUGGGCACCCAGGAUUGCCCUGAAGAUCCAGCACUCAGACCCUGGCCUCCUCUGGCCGGGUGAUGGGUGGCAGCUGCUCACUCUGGCAGUUGUGCCUGGAUGAAUUCAUGUCCGUGUGGGUGACUACACUGACCCAGCCCUCGCACGGGCUCAGGGAGUGGCGGAUGAAUGGAGUCCUCGAGGAGCUGACAGAUCAGGUGCACAGUUCCUGGAUCUCCUCUCCAGAGCCUGGGCAGAGCACCCCCCUGCCCAGCCUAGUGACCUUCGGCAGCCUGAGCCCUGGUUAAUUUUUGCCCAGUCUGCAGGCUGCGGGGCUCCUCCCCUCUGGGAUAUAAGCCUUGCCCCAGGCUGCCCUGUUCUCUGCCUACCCUGAGCCUCCGGAGCUCCCUCCCCACCCUCACCAUGGCCAAGGGCUUCUACAUUUCCAAGGGCCUAGGCAUCCUGGGCAUCGUCCUGGGGGUGGCGGCCGUGUGCACCAUCGUCGCCCUGUCCGUGGUGUAUGCCCAAGAGAAAAACAAGAAUGCCGAGGUCUCCGCCGGGAGCCCCACCACCGCUGCCCCCCCUGGCACCACCACGGCCACCACCACGGCCCCCACCACCUUGGACCAGAGCAAGCCGUGGAACCGAUACCGUCUCCCCAAGUCCCUGGUGCCCGACUCCUACCAGGUGAAGCUGAGGCCCCACCUCACCCCCAAUGGGCAAGGCCUGUACAUCUUCGAGGGCUGGAGCACUGUCCACUUCAUGUGCCAGGAGCCCACCAGCACGAUCAUCAUCCACAGCAAGAAGCUCAACUACACCAACACCCCCCAGGGGCACAAGGUGACCCUGAAAGCCUUGGGGGGCACCACAGCCCCUGAAAUCGAUAAGACUGAGCUGGUGGAGGUCACCGAGUACCUGGUGGUGCACCUGAAGGGCCCGCUGCAGAAAGGCACCAUGUACGAGAUGAACAGCACGUUCCAGGGAGAGCUGGCCGAUGACCUGGCCGGUUUCUACCGCAGCGAGUACAUGGACGGAAACAUCAAAAAGGUGCUGGCCACGACACAGAUGCAGUCUGCAGAUGCCCGGAAAUCCUUCCCCUGUUUUGACGAGCCAGCUAUGAAAGCCAGGUUCAACAUCACCCUCAUUCACCCCAAUAACCUCACGGCCCUGUCCAACAUGCUGCCCAAAGGCGAGAGUGUCCCAUUUAACGAAGACCCUGCCUGGAAUGUCACCGAGUUCCAAACCACACCUGUGAUGUCCACCUACCUGCUGGCCUACAUCGUGAGCGAAUUCACCUACGUGCACACGAACGAGAAGGAUGUUUUGAUCCGGAUCUGGGCUCGGCCCAGUGCAACUGAGGCGGGUCAUGGCCAGUAUGCCCUGAACGUGACAGGCCUCAUCCUAAGCUUCUUUGCCGAACAUUACAACACACCCUACCCACUCAAAAAAUCUGACCAGAUCGGCUUGCCUGACUUCAACGCUGGCGCCAUGGAGAACUGGGGGCUGGUGACCUACCGGGAGAACUCCCUGCUGUUCGACCCGAAGUCUUCCUCCAGCAGCAACAAGGAGAGGGUGGUCACCGUGAUUGCGCAUGAGCUCGCCCACCAGUGGUUCGGGAACCUGGUCACUGUGGCCUGGUGGAACGACCUGUGGCUGAACGAGGGUUUCGCCUCCUACGUGGAAUACCUGGGUGCCGACCGCGCCGAGCCCAGCUGGAACCUGAAAGACAUCAUAGUGCAGAACGAGGUUUACCGCGUGAUGGCCGUGGACGCCCUGGCCUCCUCCCACCCGCUGUCCACCCCCGCUGAGGAGGUCAACACACCCGCCCAGAUCAGCGAGAUGUUCGACGCCAUCUCCUACAGCAAGGGAGCCUCUGUCCUCAGGAUGCUGUCCAGCUUCCUGUCCGAGGACGUGUUCAAGAAGGGCCUGGCGUCCUAUCUCACAACCUUUGCCUACAACAGCACCACCUACAAGGACCUGUGGGAGCACCUACAGAAGGCCGUGGGCAAUGAGACACAGGUCCAGCUGCCUCAGCCUGUGAGUGCCAUCAUGGACCGCUGGAUCCUGCAGAUGGGCUUCCCCGUCGUCACCGUGGACACCAAGACAGGCAACAUCUCUCAGAAACACUUCCUCCUUGACCCCGAGUCCAACGUCACCCGCCCCUCAGCCUUCCAGUACCUGUGGAUCGUUCCCGUCUCAUCUCUGAAAAACGGCGCUAGCCAGAAUCACAUGUGGCUGGAGAAUGCCACCAAAAUCGAGCCUAUGUUCAAAACCUCCCCCAACGAGUGGGUCCUACUGAACGUCAAUGUGACCGGCUAUUACCAGGUCAACUAUGAUGAGGAAAACUGGAAGAAGAUUCAGAAUCAGCUGCAGACAGACCUGUCGGUCAUCCCGGUCCUCAAUCGGGCCCAGGUUAUCCACGACGCCUUUGACCUGGCCAGUGCCCGCAUGGUUCCUGUCACCCUGGCGCUGAACAACACCCUCUUCCUGAGCAAAGAGACAGAAUACCUGCCCUGGCAGGCGGCCCUGAGCAGCCUGAACUACUUCAAGCUCAUGUUCGACAGCUCCGAGGUCUACAGCCCCAUGCAGAAAUACCUGAGGAAACAGGUCACGCCCCUCUUUCUUCACUUUGAAAACAUCACCACGAACUGGACUAAGCGCCCAGAAAAACUGAUGGACCAGUACAACGAGGUUAACGCCAUCAGCACCGCCUGCUCCAGUGGGCUCCCUGCGUGCAAGACUCUGGUGUCCAACCUUUUCUCAGAGUGGAUGCGUAACCCCAGCGAUAAUAAGAUCGACCCCAACCUGCGGUCCACUGUCUACUGCAACGCCAUCGCCCAGGGUGGCGAGGAGGAGUGGGAUUUCGCCUGGAGCCAGUUCCAAAAAGCCACGCUGGUAAAUGAAGCUGACAAGCUCCGAGCGGCCCUGGCCUGCAGCAAGGAGGUCUGGAUCCUGCAGAGGUACCUGAGCUACACCCUAAACCCUGACCUCAUCCGGAAGCAGGACGCCACCUCCACCAUCAGCAGCAUCGCCAGCAACGUCAUCGGGCAACCCCUGGCCUGGGAGUUUGUCCAGAGCAACUGGAAGAAACUCUUCAACGACUACGGUGGCGGCUCCUUCUCCUUCUCCAACCUCAUCCAGGCAGUGACUCGACGAUUCUCCACCGAGCUCCAGCUGCAGCAGCUGGAGCAGUUUAAGAGAAACAAUAUGGACACGGGCUUCGGCUCCGCCACCCGGGCCCUGGAGCAAGCCCUGGAGAAGACCAAAGCCAACAUCAAGUGGGUGAAAGAAAACAAAGAGUUGGUGCACGAGUGGUUCAUCCAAAACAGCUAGUAGUCUAUGCACUCACCUGGCCCCCGCGUGAGGUGCCCACCGUGGCCCACGCAGGGCCCCCAUUCCUGGAGCCUGAGGCACCAGCGUCCUUCCCUCAGGGACCGAGUCCUACCCCACGUCCCCGUGGGGCCAAGCCAGCUCCUGGCGGCCGGACUGACCAAGCACAUCCCAGCCCCCGCCCCUCGUGCCAAUCGCACCCCAGGCCUGGUGUGGCUCCUGUCGCCCAGGGCCCUGGGGCUGAUCUCAGGGAAGCCCAGCUCUAGGGGCCAGUGGAGCGAAGCCCUGGGUGGCCCGUGGACGGCCCUGGGGAGCUGCCUUGCGCCCUCUCUCACCUUCCUAUGAAGACCCUGAACCCGGAGACUCAAAAGGACACCAGAUCUGUAUAUUUGUUUUUUUUGCUAAGGGAAAAUAUAGAUAAAAGAUUUCUAGGUGA